GUUGGAGCAGAGAGUUUGAGUGAGAGAUAAGGACAAGAGUGCCUCAUCAGCAGUGAGACAAGGCACUGCGGCGCACCGUACACUUUACCAACAACGUGAACAAUACUGCAUUGAUCUAAAAGUACAGCACUAAAGCGCCUCUCACCUGGAAAAAGAAAAAAAAAACCUACACAGAGAACGCAAGCAAGCAAACAAGAAAGAAAGAAAGAAAGAAAGAAAGAAAGAAAGAAAGAAAGAAAGAAAAAGAUUUUUUUUUUUUUGCAAAAGUGCCGCACCUCAUUUUCACAGUGGACCUAACACCUCCUUACUAUCUUGACAUGGGAGAUAUGGGAGACCCACCAAAAAAAAAACGCCUAAUGUCAUUAUGUGUUGGUUGUGGAAAUCAAAUUCAUGAUCAGUAUAUUCUAAGAGUUUCACCGGAUUUGGAAUGGCAUGCAGCGUGUUUGAAGUGUGCAGAAUGUAAUCAGUAUUUGGACGAGUCGUGUACCUGCUUUGUUAGAGAUGGAAAGACCUACUGUAAAAGAGACUACAUCAGGUUAUACGGAAUCAAAUGUGCAAAAUGUAGCAUAGGCUUCAGUAAGAACGACUUCGUGAUGAGAGCGCGCUCCAAGGUGUACCAUAUCGAAUGCUUUCGCUGUGUGGCCUGCAGCCGGCAGCUCAUCCCCGGGGACGAGUUUGCUCUCAGGGAAGACGGCCUUUUCUGUAGAGCUGAUCACGAUGUCGUAGAAAGAGCAACAAUGGGAGCUGGGGACCCCCUCAGCCCUUUAAACCCUACAAGACCUUUACAGAUGGCAGCAGAGCCAAUAUCUGCCAGACAGCCAGUUCUACGGCCUCAUGUUCACAAACAGCCAGAGAAGACAACCCGAGUAAGGACGGUGCUCAAUGAGAAGCAACUCCACACUCUCAGGACUUGCUACGCUGCCAAUCCGAGGCCAGAUGCCCUUAUGAAGGAACAGCUGGUGGAAAUGACUGGCCUUAGUCCACGAGUUAUUCGGGUUUGGUUUCAGAACAAACGCUGCAAGGACAAGAAAAGAAGUAUCCUCAUGAAGCAACUCCAGCAACAGCAACCUAAUGACAAAACGAAUAUCCAGGGAAUGACGGGAACUCCAAUGGUGGCGGCUAGUCCAGAGAGACAUGACGGUGGUUUGCAGGCGAACCCAGUGGAGGUGCAGAGUUACCAACCGCCUUGGAAAGUACUGAGCGACUUCGCACUGCAGAGUGACAUAGACCAGCCUGCGUUUCAGCAACUGGUGAAUUUUUCAGAAGGGGGCCCGGGUUCAAAUUCCACCGGAAGCGAAGUGGCGUCGAUGUCAUCUCAGCUCCCAGACACACCCAACAGCAUGGUGUCAAGUCCUAUAGAGGCGUGAGAACUGGAGACAACGCUUAGAAAACUACCCUUAAAAAAUGGAGGUGGUGAGACUAGUGGACUCUCCGAAAACUGCGGUCCAAGGCUGGUUCCUGCGUACUGGUUGCACCAUCCUCUUUGAAAAUUGCACGAAGCCUCUUUAUCCAGACAACCCUUGGUUGUACUAUACACUGUGAAGACAAUCAUGGGAAUUGCCUAUAAAAGCCGACACAGGGUUCGGAACAUCCAGGACUUCUUGCAGAAAUAUAUAAAUAUCUAUAUAUAUAAAAGAGAAGAGAAACAAAGCAAGGAAGAUGAUUAUAAUAUAAAUAUUGUGCAGGGAAUAAAUACAUCUGCAAACUGUAGAGGCUAAUAGAACGGACAGAAAGAAAUAGUCUCAUCAUGUUUCAAUGGUGCUGUCUAUGUGGAUAUGAAGUGGGUUACAGCCUUGCCAAAAAGUGAAAGAGCUCUGUCAGGGCUGCAAGUCGAUGGACACGCGGGACAAUCGAGACCUGCCAGGAUGUAUUCGGAUCAGUUUUGAAACGCUGACAUGCAUUGCAGAUAUUUACGGCUGACAAGACUAUUUGAUCUUGGUUCAAUUAGCAUGUAGCUGGUUCUCCCCAAAGAAGACGAGAAAGGGGAUCUGCAGACUUAGCUUUUACAUUUUCGUUUGAAUCCAGUUUGUAAAAGCCCAAGUACUAAAGCAUUGCAACAAGGUAUACCUCUCUUUUGCCACAAGCUUCGUGGGAAUUUUGUGUGUGAAUUUGUGUCCGUCCAAGAACUUUUUUCCCAAAGAUGUGUAUAGUUAAUGGUUAAAACUACAGUUUUAGCUGUGGAAAAAGGAUUUUUGUUCUUGUACUGCAAAUAUAUAAAUAUAUAUAAAUAUAUAUAUAAUUUAUUAUUUAUUGUCCGAAGACUUGCUACUUUUUUCUUUCUUUUUCUGAAGGUAAAAAGAAAGAUUGUAACGUGAUCUUUGAAAAAUCUGUCAGAUUUUAUGUGUCCUGUCUUUUCUGGAAGAUUAUGUAAAACAAUGCCAUAUGUAGAAAUAUAUCUUCAGGACUAUUUCACUAAUAAAAGUUUGACAUAAGUCAAAAAGUGCAAUAA